AUGUCACACAACGACGGUGGCGAAAAUGCUGCUGCUGCGGCGCCGGAUGCUGUUAGCGGCGCGGCUAAUGUCGGCGCUAUAUACGCGGCCACCAUCAAGUUACCGGACUUUUGGCAGCACAAUCCGCGGCCGUGGUUUCAACACAUCGAGGUACAGUUCCAGCUGAGGGGAAUAACACAGGACGUUACAAAAUAUUUCCAUGUAGUAGCGGCCUUAGAUGCCUCGACAACAGCCAGGGCUAUGGCGUUAUUAGAGGCUCCGCCAGCUGACGGCAAAUACGACGCACUCAAAACAUUUCUGUUGAACCUCUUUGAACUGUCGGAGCUAGAGAAGGCAGAUCGCCUGUUGUCCCUGAACGGCCUUGGCGACAGUAAGCCGUCCGAGUUAAUGGAGAGGAUGCUAGCGGUGCUGGGCGCGGCGGAUCCCGCGUUCCUUUUCGCCCACAUAUUCCUGCGGCAGCUUCCAGCACCCGUGCGCACCGCACUGGCCAGCUCCGCCCUCCCCUCCUCCAGAGACUACCGAGCGCUUGCUGUGGAGGCAGACAGGAUUUUUCUCGCCAACCGGCAACAACGGGUGGUGUUAUUACCAUUCAAGGUUUGGGGCCAAGGCCAAACAGUGUCGCCAGCCUUGCAGUUUUGGAGCCCAGGGAAAAGCCAGGGCCGGCGCUCAUUAGCAGCUAUGGGCGCUGGCCGGGACUGCAAGCUGUUAUUCAUCACGGACACAUUGUCCGGCCGGCGGCUGCUGGUCGAUUCGGGGGCUCAGCGUAGCAUCCUGCCGGCGAAGCCGGUGGACACCAUGGCUGGCGGGCAUGGCCCCCCGAUGGAUGCCGCCAACGGCACACCCAUUCGUACUUAUGGCACAAGGUAUGUGGAAGUGUGUUUCGGCGGGCGGCGUUUCGGCUGGGAUUUCGUCAUGGCCGCCGUGUCUACGUCGCUCCUAGGGGCAGAUUUCCUUUGUGCUUACAGGCUGUUGGUGGACGUUACAAACCACCGCCUGAUCGACGCCCUCUCUUUUGCUUCGUACCCCUGUACACUGGGGGGGACGGGGGCGCUUUGUCUGUCGAACACGUUUGCCACAGGGGACCUGUAUCAACGCCUUCUCGCUGAGUUCCCUGACAUCACCACACCCACGUUUUCAUCGGCGGUGGCUAAGCAUGCCGUGGAGCACUACAUCACUACGGUGGGCCCACCAGUCUAUGCACGAGCUCGGCGCCUCGACUCUGCCAAGCUCGCGAUCGCCAGGGAGGAGUUUGCCACUAUGGAGCACCUCGGCAUCGUGCGCCGCUCCAACAGCCCGUGGGCUUCCCCCCUGCACAUGGUGACAAAGGCCGAUGGCAGUUGGCGUCCGUGUGGUGAUUUCCGUCGCCUGAACAAUGCUACAACCCCCGACCGGUACCCUGUGCCGCACAUACAGGACUUCUCCGCCCACCUAGCCGGCGCCACCAUAUUCUCAAAGGUGGACCUGGUGCGCGGUUACCACCAGGUGCCUGUCCACCCGCAGGAUGUCCCCAAGACAGCGGUCAUCACACCCUUUGGCCUUUUCGAAUUCCUUCGGAUGCAUUUUACUCAUUUCGGAGAAAUGGUCCACGCUGGAGUCGAGGGUGGUAAGAGCACAGGAGCCAGGGUGACGUGUAAAGGUGGAGCGGAGGCGGAGCACUCAGAGGCUGGAGGUCUUAGCUGGGAACUGGGUUGUGAGUGGGACUGGCGUUGUUGUCCACAGUUCCAAUGGUGA